GCGGCGGGCGCGGUACGUCAGGAGCUGGGCGGCGACGGCCGUUCUCCGUAAGAUGGCGGACCGGCGGCGGCAGCGGGCUUCGCAGGACACGGAGGACGAAGAAUCUGGUGCUUCGGGCUCGGACAGCGGCGGCUCGCCGGCGCGGGGCGGCGGCAGCUGUAGCGGGAGCGCGGGGGGCGGCGGCAGCGGCUCUCUGCCUUCGCAGCGCGGAGGCCGGGCCGGGGCCCUUCACCUGCGGCGGGUGGAGAGCGGGGGUGCCAAGAGCGCCGAGGAGUCGGAGUGUGAGAGUGAGGAUGGCAUCGAGGGCGACGCUGUCCUCUCGGAUUAUGAAAGUGCGGAAGACUCGGAAGGUGAAGAGGUGGGGGAGUACAGUGAAGAGGAAAACUCCAAAGUGGAACUGAAGUCAGAAGCCAAUGAUGCUGCUAAUUCUUCAGCAAAGGAAGAGAAAGGCGAAGAAAAGCCUGACACCAAAGGCACUGUGACUGGAGAGAGACAGAGUGGAGAUGGACAGGAGAGCACAGAGCCUGUGGAGAACAAAGUGGGGAAAAAGGGCCCCAAACAUCUGGAUGAUGAUGAAGAUCGGAAGAACCCAGCCUACAUCCCCCGGAAAGGGCUCUUCUUUGAGCAUGAUCUUCGGGGGCAAACUCAAGAGGAGGAAGUCAGACCUAAGGGGCGUCAGCGAAAACUGUGGAAGGAUGAGGGUCGCUGGGAACAUGACAAGUUUCGGGAAGAUGAACAAGCUCCAAAGUCUCGACAGGAGCUCAUUGCUCUUUACGGCUAUGACAUUCGUUCAGCCCAUAAUCCUGAUGACAUCAAACCCCGAAGAAUCCGGAAACCCAGGUUUGGAAGUCCUCCACAGAGAGAUCCUAACUGGAUUGGUGAGCGACCAAACAAGUCUCAUCGCCACCAGGGCCCUGGAGGUCCCCUGCCACCAAGGACGUUUAUUAACAGGAAUGCUGCAGGUACUGGCCGGAUGUCUACUCCCAGGAAUUACUCUCGAUCUGGGGGCUUCAAGGAAGGUCGUGCAGGUUACAGGCCUUUGGAGACUGGUGGGCAGCAUGGUGGCCGAUCUGGUGAGACUGUUAAGCAUGACUCUGGUUACCGAUCACGGCGCUUAGAGCAGACUCCUGUGAGGGAUCCAUCUCCAGAAGCAGAUGCUCAAGUGCUUGGCAACACUGAGAAGGAAGAGUCAGCCUCAGAGGUACCCGCUCCUCCUGCUGAAAUUGUGCCACCAGCCCCAGACAGACCUGUUGAGAAGAAAUCCUAUUCACGAGCAAGAAGAACCAGAAUCAAAGCUGGAGAGGCGGUCAAGGUUGCUGAGGAGAUGCCGCCUCCACCCGAGGGGUUAGCCCCAGUACCCUCUGUCCCUGAGGCCACCCCACCGCCACCUCCUAAGACCGGCAGCUGGGAGCCUCCAGUGGAGUCCACUGCAGGUGGACUUGAGCAGGACAUGGCACAGCUAAACAUAACGGAACAGAAUUGGAGCCCAGGGCAGCCUUCAUUUAUGCAACCACGUGAGCUUCGAGGCAUGCCCAACCACAUACACAUGGGAGCAGGACCUCCGCCGCAGUUCAACCGGAUGGAAGAAAUGGGUGUCCAGGCUGGGCGAGCUAAACGCUAUUCAUCCCAGCGCCAGAGACCUGUACCAGAGCCCCCUGCCCCGCCUGUGCAUAUCAGUAUCAUGGAAGGACAUUACUAUGAUCCAUUGCAGUUCCAGGGACCAAUCUAUACCCAUGGUGACAGCCCUGCCCCGCUGCCUCCUCAGGGCAUGAUUGUGCAGCCUGAAAUGCACCUUCCCCACCCAGGUUUACAUCCCCACCAGACACCGGCACCUCUGCCCAAUCCGGGCCUCUAUCCCCCACCAGUGUCCAUGUCUCCAGGACAGCCACCACCUCAGCAAUUGCUUGCUCCUACUUACUUUUCUGCUCCAGGUGUCAUGAACUUUGGUAAUCCCAGUUACCCUUAUGCUCCAGGGGCACUGCCUCCCCCACCACCACCUCAUCUAUAUCCUAAUACACAGGCCCCAUCACAGGUGUAUGGAGGAGUGACCUACUAUAACCCUGCCCAGCAACAGGUGCAGCCAAAGCCCUCCCCACCCCGCAGGACUCCCCAGCCAGUCACCAUCAAGCCCCCACCCCCUGAGGUUGUAAGCAGGGGUUCCAGUUAAUACAAGUUCUGAAUAUUUUUGAUGUAACAUCAUAUAAAAACAAAGGGGAGAGCCUGGGAGAGAAGAGAAAUACAAAUGGCUGCCCAGUACCCGGAGGGCCUCAGAGAUCCAGGGUGGCUCCUGCCAGCAGGCAGCUGACUGAGGCGCCCUUCUUCCUCUGAGGACAGGCUCUGUUGGAGAAAAGCAGCCCCAGUGGACCUGCUCCCUCUCCCUUUUUGACUUGAGUUGACUGUGCUCUGGGGAGCAGAGACCCGGACAGCCUAAGCUUCGGAGCCCGCAGCUGGAAGCCCGGGUCUUUGUGUGCUCUGCUUUCACCUGGGAACUUCUAGCCAGCUCCCAGGGAUGCUCCUUUCUGUUUGUUUUGUUUUCUAAGUUGUUCAUUUUUAAAGCCUGGCUUACUAUCCUUAACAUUUUUUUUCUUGUUUCUUUCUAUUCCUCUCUGCUUUUAAAUGAACAAGUUUGUCUUGGUUUCCUAGCUUCUCGGGGCUCCCUUUUGACUCUCCCUACAUCCCAGUUAUUGACAGUGUACCAGUGUCCCCCUGCCGAGUCUACCAAGAGCUGACCUUUUCUUUGUGGUUGACCUUAGCUGUUGUAUUCUUGGAUUCUCUUACUGCCUCUUCUCCUCUGGAAACACAGCUAAUCUGCACAGAGUGUCACAGACCCAUCCUCUACACUGCAUGCACAUUGUGGAGAAAUGCUCCAAGAGGGUAGUGGUUUUUCUUGACGACUUCAUGUUUCAGGAGCCUGAGCUGCCUUUCAUCUCUACUCUGCCAGACUUCGAUCUUUACUGAGGGAAGUCUUUACAGUGGAGUGAGAUGGCAAGCCAUGUGCUUUUGUGACAGAGUAGGAUUGGGUUCCAUCUAUGGCAUCCCAAAAAGGGAGACAGAGUAAGGGUCUUUAUGAUUUAGGGGUAUAUAUACACACAGUCUUUGAGGUUCUGUUUCCAGCCCUCCUGCUACACACCUUCUUUCCAGUUGCUGUGGACCAAUAAUGCAUUGAUAGAGGCAGAUAUUACCUAGCAAGCGAUUUAACCUGUCCUUUGCACUUGCUCUUGGUGUCUUUUGUACUGCUAGUGUUGUAGAUACCUUUUUCCCUAAAUUCUACUCUCGUCUUUGCAAAUGGAAGAAAAUACCACACUUGAGCUUAAGGCCUAAGGAAGCCCCUCAGAUUGGGGGCAGGGCCUUCAUCCUUUUCAUCCUCACUUCUGGCGCUAAACCACUUCCCUCCUGCCCCUGGGUAAGCAAUUCCUACUGCUGCAGCACUGAGGUCUGCCAGGGGCAACUUGGCCACUCUCCCUGUCCUCUUGCAGAAACAGAGGGAGAAGGUGGGGGCUGUAUCUCACCCCCAGUAAUGUUGUCUAUUUCUAUUCCUUCACUUCGGCAGCUCGCUUAACCACUCUGAGUCACAGGUGUGGGGUGGGGAGAGGGGAGAGGCACUCAAGCUGUAACCCCCAAGGAGGAAAUACUGAAGAUUCUUCCAUGGGCGGUUGGUGGUUGUGCCUUUUGUAGGCUGUUCCCUUUGCCUUAAACCUGAAGCCGUCUCCUCGGGUCUGCAGGCAGCAUGCCCAGGUUCCCAGACCCAAAGACACUGUGACAGUUGUCUCUGUUGGUUUGCUGUGUUUUGUUGCAAGAAUUUCUCCAUGUGUGUUGAUUUUUGUUACUGUUUUUAAAGGUGCACAUUUGUGAUCUGCGUUGUGACUUGGAGAUAAUAAAAUUGAGACUGUAAACUUGG